AUGUCCGGGCUUAUCGCCUAUCGAUUAUCGAUUGUCGCUUUAUCGGGAAACUCUCCGCCAUCGUUUCCCACGGACUUUCCUAUCGACACCAUCACUAUGGCUUUUCAAACUGCUAAACGUGACCUGCGCAAGCGGAUGCGAGAAUCCUUCCAGAAGGUACCUGCAGCAGCCAUCAAUAAACAGUCUGGAGUCGCCACGAACAAAUUGCUCUCGCUAGCAGAAUACCAAAAUGCAAAUAGUGUCGCAGUAUUUUUGUCUAUGCCGAGUGGAGAGCUCUCAACCCAUAGUAUCGUUCAGGAUGCCUUUCAGCACGGCAAAGCCGUCUAUAUCCCAUACAUCCAUACGGUCGACAAGAUAUCCGUCAUGGAUAUGUUGGCCCUCGAAUCCAUGGCCGAGUUUGAGUCCCUUCAACCUGACAGGUGGGGAAUUCCCUCAUUACAACCUACUCAAGUGCCCGGUCGGCGAAACUGCCUCUCGGGAAAUGGUCUAGAUCUGAUCGUCAUGCCGGGUAUGGCCUUCGAUCACGGAUUCCGUCGUCUUGGUCAUGGUAAGGGGUAUUAUGAUCAUUUUCUAACCCGGUAUUCUAAAUGGUCCAACAAAAUGCCAUUCCUUGUGGCCCUGUCUCUCCAGGAGCAGUUGCUCGCCGAGGAUAUUCCCGUCAUGGAACAUGACUGGUUGAUCGAUGCGAUCGUGGUGGGUGAUGGGCGGUAUCUGGACCGCAGG